GCCCGCUGCGCCCUCGACCUUCUCCCCGCCGAGCUCUACCCCGUCCUUUUCCAAGCUGCAUUCCUGGACAGACGGACGCUGGCGCUGCAGGACCUGGUGGCGACGUGGCCCUUCCCCAUCCUCAGUUUCCAGCAGCUUCUGGGCCACCAUGACCAGCGGCACAGUAGCCAUCACCCAUCCCUCAGGGGAAGACCCAACAAACUGUGCAUCCAGGCCGUCAUCAUGGCCGUCGUGGCCCAUCUCCGCCAGGCGCUGGAGGAGCCCUGUCAUGGCACCAGCAAGAGAGAGUGCCGGCUGCGGGUGUUGGACAUGACAGGUGUCCAGGACUUGGACACCGACUGCGGCCCGAACAGGAUGAGCCUGUGGUCCAGCACGGUGGUGUUAGCCAAAGCCUGCAUCGAGGUCUCCAAACACAAAAAUGAGUGUCAGAAACACGGCUCCAAGCGCCAGAAAGGUUCUUCCGGUGCCUCGGCGACCCCGCAACCCUUCAGCAUGGAGAUCCGCGCCGAUCUUUUUGUCAAUGGCACGUCUUUCGGCGUCUUGCGGGACGCCCUGCAGACUGCCACCGGUCCCCUGCGCCUCAGGUGCCGGGAUUUCCACACCGAGGAGCUCUCCAUCACCGGCAUUAUGAGUUUGUUGGAGUCCCUGGACCCCGUCGGCGUGCGGCGGGUGGAUCUGCGCUUUAACAACCUGGGCCCGUCCGGUCUCUGCGCCGUUUUGCCGCACAUCACCAGAUUUACCAAACUCCUCAGCCUCAACCUAUCCUACAGCAAUGUCGACGUGCGGCGACUCACUCUGAGAACGGACACCGGCCUCCGGCAACUCGCCGCGCAGUUGGGGAGGUUUCCCUGCCUCAAGGAACUCAACUUCAGUUCCUCCAGGCUUUCGGGAAACCUGAGGCAACUUCUCGGCGACAUGCAGGCUCCCCUGGAAAGCCUGGAGCUGGCGUUUUGUUACCUCCUUCCCGGUGACCUCGCUUUCCUUUGCCAAAGCAUCCACGCUCCGGCGCUGAGGAGACUGGACUUGAGCGGUCACAAUUUCACCGGGAGCCUUCUCCAAUCCCUCUGCCAGCUCCUGGAGGAAAUUUCCGCCUCCCUCCUCCACCUGGAUCUCAUGGAAUGUCACCUGACGGACGCCCAGCUGGCGGAUCUGCUGCCGGUGCUCUGCCGCUGCUCCCGCCUCCGUUGUUUGGGGCUUUUCGGCAACCCCCUCUCUACAUCAGGACUUAAAACCUUGGCACGGAAAACCGUGGUUCUCCCAGAUUUACACCUCGUUGUUUACCCGUACCCCGUGGACUGCUACAGCCAGGACCCCUCCCGCUUGGCCCCCGCUUUUGACCAUCUCUCCGAGGACACGGUGGACAAGAACCGGUUUGCCGCGGUCAGCACCGAGCUGACCCAGAUGCUGGCGAGCUCCGGCAGAGCCGAUGCCGUCUGGACCACCAGCCUCUGCUGUCACGGUGCCCUCGACUACUUCACCUUGUAGCUCAGAGCCCUCACCCCAGCCAAGCGCCGCGGCCUCACCGCCAUCCCCCGACCCCUCCUUCCUCCCCAAAUUCGGCGCUUUCUCCUCACCCCAGUGCUUUUCCGCUACCUUCUCUCUUUUGUUGUCACCGUAACGCCACGGGGGGACCCAGUGCCACCGAUAACACCCACCAGUGCAGGGCAGAUCAGCGUCCAGCUGAUUAAUUAAUGCCAGGAGACCAGUUAAUAAAUUGCUGCCGCUUGGCCGGCGUUGAGGUUACGGCAGCAGCCGUAACCGCGGC